GCCAUGCCUUGGGGCAUGCCCAUGCCUGGCAUGCCCGUGGCGUAUGAUGCGGAGGAGGCAGAGCGGCAGUUGCGGAGAGCUGAAAAGGCAGCCAGGAAAGAGGGACGGAGGCAAAAAGGUGAAGGGAACGACAAGACACAGGUCUGGGAAGACCACCCUGCACGGGCACAGAAAAAGUGGGGAAUCUCAGAGGAUCAGCGCAGGCUCCACCGCUGA